GGGGACGGAGACCAGCCGGAGGGCGGAGGUCCGGCGGUGCGGCUCCCGUGGAGGGAAGGGAGCGCGCACGCUCUACGGCAGGUUCGCGGGGUGGCGGCCAAGUUCAAGCUGCCAGCCCCGGGCCCGCCGGUGCCAUGGAUGGCCUGCGCCAGCGCUUCGAGCGCUUUCUGGAACAGAGGAAUUUGGCCACCGAAGCGCUAGGGGCGCUCGAAGCCAAGACCGGUGUCGACAAGCGGUACUUGGCCGCGGGAGCCGCCACUCUGCUAAGCCUGUAUCUUCUGUUCGGGUAUGGGGCAUCUCUGCUGUGCAAUCUCAUCGGCUUUGCAUACCCCGCAUAUGCUUCGAUCAAAGCUAUCGAGACCCCAAGCAAAGAGGACGACACUGUGUGGCUUACCUACUGGGUGGUGUAUGGCCUGUUUGGGCUGGCCGAGUUCUUCAGCGAUAUACUCCUGUCCUGGUUCCCUUUCUACUACGCGGGCAAGUGCGCCUUCCUGUUGUUCUGCAUGGUUCCUGGCCCCUGGAACGGGGCUCACAUGCUGUAUCACCGCGUCAUACGUCCACUGUUUCUAAAGCAUCACGAGGCCGUGGACAGCUUCGUGAGCGACCUCAGCGGGCGGGCCCUGGACGUGGCAGCCGGAGUAACGAGGGACAGUGCGUGCUCACAGGGCGAGGGGUGUCUGUCAAUCCGCCAAAGCAAGCGUGACUCAGCUCCGGAAGAACAGGUGAAGUCCCUGCCCAGCCCCUGUGCAGAAAAGCUGGCCGGCCAGCUGGAAGACGCGUUACACUCCAAGUCCUCCAUGGAUUCCCCAGCCGACUCCCCAGUGGAGUCCACCACCAGCCCCUCGUCCCCAAGCAAGCCAGCCCUCAGGAGCUCCACCAACUUGGGCCACUCCCAGCCUCAAUCCCCCGCCACUGGCUCUGCCAAUGGCACCCAGCUGCCCGGCAAGCUCCGGAAUGGGCUUCAGUCUCGAGACAACUCCUGCAGCCAGCCCCAGGCUCCUGGGCAGUCCCAGUCCCCCCGACAGCCUCAGGUCCACAGCCAGCAGCGCGCCCGGCCCUCCAUCACUUCCUCAGGCCCUUCCCAGACGGCCCACCGGUCCUCAGGCUCCGCGCAGCGUCCCAGCACCUCCUCCAGCCAGGGGCCCCCCCCUUAUGCAGUCUCCCAGUGGCAUCACCAUCCUUCCUCAGCCCCCCAACAAGACCCCCGAUGGACCAGGGGCCUCAGCCCCCAAGUCCAGCAGACGGCAUCAGAAACGGCCCGUAACUAAAGCCACCAGCAGCACCUCGGUGCCCAAGCUGCCCGUCUCCUGCCAAUCCGAGUCCAGCACUGAGGUCACCUGCAUCUGGCCCCACCACACACACGGGUUCCACUACCUGCAGCACUGCUGGCGGCUGAAACACCUGGCCUGCUAGGGAGGGCUCAGUAAAGCUCAU